GUGAGUUUGCCCCCGAUAGUUAAGACACUUUCAACAUGCCCAUAUACUCAUUCAUAAACGAAUGAAACGAUAAGAAUACGGCAGAGCGGCAUAAACUUGCCUUGAAGAUGGGGGACAUACUCUCAGGGCUUGAACUGAGAAGGUUCCGCUAAAUUAUAGCUUGAGCAUGCAACUAUGUGACGGUCCAUCAUCAAACUAUAGCAUUCUUAAUUAGUCCUUGCUGCCAAUUAGUGGAACAUGAGACGAACUUUUGUGUUGGGAUCUUCAUGGCUAACGUAAUGGCAUGAUUCUUCAUGUCUACUAAUCAGAUGCUGCAGCACAGCUAUACACACACCUUCUGUAUAAAUAGGCGUCAGUAGAACGAUACAUACAUCAAACAAGAAGCUCUUCUUUCUUUCUCCUCUCAUCCACAAAAAUCACAGAGAAUAUUUUCAAGCUCGACCAUGGCUUUCCACCAAAGAUCAACAAGUUUGCCUUCUAGGCCUCACGCUGGUGAGACCGAAGUCGAGCAAGAGCUCCAUGGCCUAGAAGCAAGCAUCUCUUCCUCCAAUUCCAUCAGCAUGAUGUGCGAUGGUCUCAGGACUCUUGCAGACAUCUAUGAUUGUCUUGAAGAGAUCAUCUGCCUACCAAGCAACCAAGUUUGCUCCUUCCAGCAUAGGAGGAUGUUGGAUGGAGAAAUGGAAGGUUCACUCGAGCUGCUGGAUCUCUGCAGCGCCAUGCAAGAGAUCUUCAUCGAGAUGAAGGCCAUCGCCCAAGAGCUGCAAGUGGCUUUGAGAAAAGGGGAUAACGCAGCUGUUCAAGCAAAGAUCCAGUCCUACACCCGCUUGACGAGGAAGGCCAAGAAUCAUUUCAAGAAGAACACGAAGAAGGCUCUUGCAGAUUGUAGCAUGGUCAUGCUGUUGGUCAAGGCCAGAGAGAUCUCUAUGUCUCUCCUGGAGUCCACACUCCGUCUCUUGUCGAAGCAAAUCGAAAUGCCUAAACAGUCUCUUGUUUCCAAGGCAUUUCACAAAAAGAAGGCCGUUGUUUGCAAGGAGGAGCAGUUGGAGGAGUUAGAGUGCAGUAUCGAAGAUCUUGAGAGUGGAGCAGGACAUCUGUUCAGGAAAUUAGUCCAGAGCAGAGUUUCUCUACUUAACAUCCUUAGCUCAUAGAUACUACCGAGUCACUCUUGACGCCCUUUGAUUGGCAUCCGCCUUUUAAGGAAUAGCCGAUCUUCAUGCAAUUUUCCCAUAUGUAUAUGAUAGUAUAGAAAGAGAAACGAAAGUUUUGAUCAAUUUGGCCAUUUCAUGUUUGAA